AUGAAUAGUAAUAAAUUGACAUUUUCAACGGCUUCUUUCUACACAUCUUUCCUGUCUGACAAAGGAGAAUCCAAUUCAUUUGGGCACCAUCGGCAGUUCCUCCAAAGUCCUCUCUGGAAGCCCAUCUCAAGCACGCAUCAACCCGCCAAAGAGGAUGAAAAGAAGCAAGCUACUGCAGUUGCCAGGCAAGCUGCAAAGAAUGCAUUACAACAAGCCAUCUACAUCUUGCCUAAAUCACCAUCGCAUGUCUCUAUUUAUCUUCAGCUUCCUAAAUUUCGCUCUUUGUCUGUGUUGAUGCGAUGUGGCCAUGUAUCUCAAUUGGUUGAAAAUUGGCUUUGUAAUCCUAUGGAACAAUUGAAACGAAACGCAGAGAAAAACCAACACUAUAGGUUGCACCAGCAGCGGCCAAAUCGACCCCGUCGUACCUCAUCAAGCGCACCGCUAUGCAUCAUGCCAUCGUCAACAACGAGUGAAGCCGGCCUUUUACCCGUUGUCAGUCAUGAAAAUGCUGUCGUUCCUGCGUAUCGCAAGCAUGAGAGCACCGUAUCUGUUCAUUUUCAAAUACCUCAUGAGCAACAAGAGCAUAUGGAAAUACGGUACGCCAAUGUACCGUGUCUAUUCACCGUUGUAUGUGUUACAUAUCAUUGCGGAACUGUAUCGUUGUCCGUGAACCAAAUUGACUCUUUGGAUUUUCUGCUAUCACCAAAUACAAUGAACCCGUUUUUGGUGCAAUGCAACCUGGUGCCACAACAUCCUGUUACCGUACAUCAACUGGUACCCUCGUCAAGCUCUGUGUACCAUCAACAGCUCCAAAUCUGCGAUUUUGAAGACGUUUCGUCACAGCAAACAAAAGAAUGUCCAGCUAUUGAAGAGGAUAGCAACGAGUUCUACUUGAAUCCUGAGCCACGGAUCAGGGAGCUACAUACGACAAUUCAAGAGGAUGACGAGGCACUAGAUCAUCAAAAGACGUUGCUUCAGACACCAGCUGUUGAGCUUUUGCAUUACAAGGAGACAUUGUUGUAUCAGCAAGAAAACGAUGACGAUGAAGCAUCCGGCAUGUUCACCUCAGACGAAGAUUUCUCAUUGAUUGACGAAGAAGAUGACAUACCAGAAGAUGGCAGCAAUUAUCAUUACCAUAAAGCCAGAUCAGCAUUACUUGAACUCGUGCAGGACACGCUUCAAUACAUUGAAUCCAGUGGUGGCGCGUUAACAGACGAAUUGAAUAACUUGGCACCUAAGCUUUUCGAUUACUGCUCUUCAUUGUAA